AUGGAGCCCUUUGACCAGCCCGAGAUUGAUCGGGUUUCGUUUGAGGUUAGUACAAUAUUUUUCAAUGCUUUUUGGGUUUAGGACACUACUUUUGAUAUAGUGAAGGCCAUAGUCUCACUAGUAAUAGCAUAGAAUAAAGAUUAUGGCCAGUACAUGAUGUUAUACUAGGUUGUAUUUUGACUUUUUGCCAUUUUUUAUUAGAAUCUUACUCAAAUUCUAAAUUAUUUUCUAAAAUUAAAAGUAAUUCGAGUAUACUACCUAAAACAAAAAAAACCAAACUUUACCACACCUAAAACAAUUUAAAACUUUGUUUUGCUGACGCAACCCAUGAGUAAUAUCGGUUUAAUUCAAGGACUCGGAGCGCUUCGAAGACGAUUCCAUCAGCUCGUUUCAGUCGGAAAACGAGUCGUUGAACCAGAAAUGGAGCGAAUGGAACCUCAGCGGAUCAGGUGAGGGUGUUUCUGAUAAUAAUGACGUCGCUCGCCGGUAGCGAACGAAUUUGUUUGUUAAUGAAUCACAAACAGGUCAUCAACAUGCACUUGACAUUCAUUAGAACUCAAUUAAGUUUGUCAUAGGGUUUUAGGGGUUUUUUGGAUUAAGUUAGUGUUAAAAAAAGCUGGUUUAGGCUAGCCUAUUAUCUUAAAACAAAACAUUAGCAUAAUUUUUUUUGUUUAUAGAAGGAAAUUAAGCUUAAAGACGUAAAGAUAAGUUAUGUUGACUGUAAAAACUUAUAGUUAUCAUCACUUUAAGACUAAUGUCUAAAUAUUGAACUUGUAGAUCUCCCCGGCCCGUCCACGUCAAACAGAAGGCGUGGAUUCCGAAGAGGUAGGUUUUUUCUUUUAUUUCUUUUUCAAUCUUUAGAAAAAAAUGUCAUCAAUUAUUGGCUUUACGACACUAUACAUACCUCUAAAACAAUCUACAAUCAAAAAUAUUCCAAUAAGACUUACAAACUUCAUUACAGGAAUGACAAUCCCCUCAUUACGUGAAAUUUGCGCCAAAAAGGUGGCGACAAGUCUAACCUUCGAAGAGAUCGAAACAGUGUACCAAUCUUUGCAUCGCAAUACAGUACCAUUUCCAAUUUUAAAACAAGUCUACGAGUUCUGUUUUCCCGCACAUCCAGAAAAUAUAAAAACGUAUAGUUUCAUCACGAAUGGGUCAACACAAAACUUUGAAGCGGGCUACAAGUUGUUCAACGGUAACGCGGUUUACAAUGUGUUUCAAAUCGGGUAUCACAUCUCAGCACAUGUCAGUGAUCUGGAGACGACAGGAUUGGAAAAGUCGAGAGAUAAGGGCAUCAUGCCUUGUCAGAAGGUGUCGGUUAGGGUUGAUCGGUAAGGAUUUUAGGGGGUGAUUUUCGGGAAAAUAUUGAAAAAAUUUUAUUUUGAAGGUUUUGUAGUUUUUUUACAAUUUGAUUUUAAGUAAAAAACACCCUUUCAGAUGCCGAAUAGUAUCAUGUAUAUGUUCAUGCUCAUCAUCAGCAGCGUGGUGUAAACACAUUAUUGCCGUUUGUCUGUACCGUAUCAUAAAUGCCGACAAAAUACAGUAUCGAUCACCGAUUUGGGACUCGAUUGCCGUUUUGGGUGAUAUGCAAUUGAAAAAGUUCGCUCAAUAUUUCAUCAACGAGUCGCCGGCUGAGGUAGGUGAAUAUUGUAUUAAGGGCAGUCAAAUUUAGGGAUUUCAGACAAAAAAAUUUUUUUUAGAAUUUUUAAGAAACUAAAUGUAUAGGCUACCUUUAUACCUUUACCCUGUUUCAGUUCAUUGUAAUUGCCCAAAAACUUCUCGACCAGCUAGCGGUCGAAAAGUCCGAAAUCAACCAGACAAUGGGAGCUCCGGACCCAACGGCCGGCGGCGAUUCCGACUAUUCAAAUUGGUUUUUGGAUGAGAAACAGUUACACGAAAAUAUCAGGAAGAUCCUUAUCAGCUUCGUCAAACCCGUCCCUACCGUGUGGUAA